AUGCGGAAGUUCCGUUAUAAACCUGAAAGCUUGGAAAAGCUUGUUGAGACUACAGCUUUCACCAAAAAUGAAUUGAAAUAUCUGUAUCAAUCAUUCAAACAGAAUUGUCCUCGAGGCUUCGUGACGAAAGCUGAAUUCGUUUCUAUUUUUCUUUCAUUCUUCAACAUUGCCAACAAGUCAGAUGCCAAGGCAUACGCAGAAUACGUUUUUAACUCAUUCGAUGGAGAUUCCAGCGGAACUAUCAGUUUCUCAGAGUUUGUCAGUGAGUUAUCCAUGUUCAUAAGAGGAAGUGUUGAAGAGAGAUUGGGAUGGAUAUUCCAAUUGUAUGAUACGAAUAGACGAGGAUAUAUCGUAGAAGAGGAUAUUCUGAAUAUCGCAAGGGCUAUGUAUUCUAUUGUUGGAGUUCAUUAUACCAAAAACAAACAUAUUCCUGCCAAAAUCAGAAAAUUUCUAAGACAGACCUAUGAGAGUUUCGAUAGAAGUUGCACUACACGCAUCACAAAGCAGCAAUUCAUACAGAAUGCUUUGAAAAACGAACAGUUCUUACAUUCAUUAGAAGUCUUGAAAUCUGUUUGGUAA